CUUCAACAGAAUCGUUUUAAACAAGUGGAGGACGACUGCACAAUGCAGGUUGAUGGGAUGUCAGACAGUGGCUACCUGGAAUCCCAGGCCAAUGACAUGGAACAAGUGACGGGUGGUGUUAUAACCGAGGACAUGACCCAGAUGAUCUUCUCCAGUUUUAAAGAACAGCAGAUUGAGGGAAUGCAAUGCUUCAGGAAGCUUAUGUGUGAAGAGCCCAACCCCCCCAUUGAUGAAGUCAUAGCCACUCCUGGUGUAGUGGAGCGCUUUGUGGAGUUCCUGAAGACAAAGGAGGAACCCAGGCUACAGUUUGAUGCAGCAUGUGUUUUGACAAAAAUCAUCUCCGGCACAUCUGAACAGACAGGCGUGGUGAUCCAGGCUGGUGCUGUGCCCAUCUUCAUAGAGUUGGUUAGCUCAGAAAAUGUGGAUGUCAAGGACAAGGCACUGGUGGCGUUGAGAAUGAUUGCAGAAGAUAGCACAGAGUGUAGAGAUUAUGUGUUGGAUUGCAACAUCAUUCCCUCUAUUGUACAGCUCUUGACCAAUCAGAAUCACUUGACUACUCUGAGAAAAGCAGUUCUGGUUCUGAGAAAUAUGUGCUCAGUCUGGAGCCAACUACCAGAUUUCAACAAGAUGUCACCGUGCCUCGGCGUGCUCUCCUGGCUACUUCAGAAUGUGAAUGACAUAGAUGUUCUGAUUAAUAUAUGCAGGACGCUCGGCUUCCUGAUGGGCCGUGAGGAAGAAAAGAUCCAAUCCGUUAUAGACUCGGGCGUGUGCCCCAGACUGGCAGAGCUGCUACUACAUCCAUAUGAAGACGUUGUCUUUUCUGCGCUUCACGCUGUAAAGAACAUCAUCUCAGGAAAUGAUGCCCAGAAAAACGUGAUGCUGGAUUGUUCGGUCCUUAGGGGUUUACAUUACCGGAUAUAUUUCUCUAGUAAACGCGUUCAAAAACAAAACUAUUAUGCAAUCACCAAAUUCACUAUUGGUACCCAGUCACACAUUCAGAGGGUGAUAGACAAAGGUAUGUUUUCUGGACUUAUUACAAUGCUUCAUCGGUACGAGAUCGAUUCAGAGUUUGAUGCAGGAUGGCCCAUUGCCACUGCUGUGGUCUGGGGCUCUGCUGAGCAGAUCAGGCAUUUGGUGGAGCUGGGUUGUAUCGGGUCUCUCUGUUACCUUCUGGGAUGCAGUAACUCCGAUAUGGUGCAUUUUGCACUGUUUGGCUUGGAGAAAAUACUCACACUGGGAGAGAUGGAGGCCGAGGAAGGAGGAGGAAUCAAUCCGUACCUUGACCUCUUCAUGGCAGAAAACAGUUACUCCACACAUUCAGUCCACCUAACGCUGGAGAGCCUAAAAAGCCAUGAAGAGGAGGUAAUCCGUCGGAUUGCAUUUAGACUGAUUGAGAAUUAUUUCAGCCCCGAAGAUGAGGACGCAGACCCGGCACCUGCUGUCAACCUGCAGCAGGGCGAUGCACCGAUGGAGAACUCAGAGCUCCGAGAACCAGAAGAGCCACAGCAAGAGAGUGCUUAAUAUGUAUAUAAUGAUAUUAAAGCAUGUCACAUUGCAAGA